AUGAAUAUUCUCGAAGAAGAAGAUGAAAAUGAGUUGAGUCCACUCGAAUUGAAAUGUCGAAAACUUUUGGGAUUAAGUUUCCGAAUUUUCCUGGCUGUUUUUACAGUUGUCCAUUUGUUCGAUUUUUUGUUCAGCAGGUUGGUUGUGAGACUUUCUUUGAAUAUUGAAACAAAAUUUUGUGAACAGCGUUUGGAUGCACGGUUAUAUUUGGUCAUUGAAUCUUCCGAUUGAUUUAGAUAUGAAUGAUAAAGCAGCUGGUGCAAUUGUUAGACAUCAACUUGAUGAAAUGGGAAAUAAUGAAAGGAUUAUUCAAUCGAUAUUGGUGGUUUUUGGUGUACUCAUGGCUUUAUUGUAAGUUUUUGUUAAAUAAAAUUAAUACGAAAUCGAGCAGGAUAGAAUUCUUUGCAUUUUGGAUUUUUGAAAAAAAAUUCUGAAAACGUCCCAAAAGAUCGAAUUUUUUAUUUUAUAUAUAAUCCUCUCAGAAAAUCCAAGCAUUGCCUGAGUUCAAUAUUUUGUGCCCGUCUUGAAAUUGUUUUUUUUUUCAAAAAUGUUCUCCUGUCACAUUCUAUUUUUUCAAUUCCAAAAUUAAUUAUUGAAUUUUUCCAUCUUUUCUCGUCAACAAAAAUUUUUGUCCAGAAAAAAACAAAUAUUUCAGAGCAAACGGGUUCAGUUCAAAUAAAUCAACAUGGCAUCUUUUUCGUCUUUCAUCCAUUAUUGGUGUUGUUUGUGCAUUAGUUCGACCUGUUCAAAUGAAACAACGAUUUUUCUCAAGUCUUCAUGAGGGAUUUUAUUGUUAUUUUAUGUUCUUUAUAGUUUCAUUUAUUUUGACUUUUCGAUUUGGUGAGAAAUUGAAAGCAUAA